ACUGCGUGUAAUGCAGCACUUUUACCUAGGACUCUGAUCAUGAUGGAGGCAGAUAUUGUGACCGUAAAAGUACAUUAUUCGUAUCAUGGCGAACCUAGGUGUUCGCCAUUUCCAACGGCUCUAAAAGACUUAGUAAACUUGGGAAGGUGUGGAUUUGUUGCAUUAAUUAAGCAAAAUGUGCAAUAUAUCCGUCGAUAUGAUAGUGUUAGGCUUUCGUAUUUUGAUGAAGAUAAAGUGUGGGUUGAUUUGACAGAUGAAAGUUUCAUGGAUUUUCUAAAAACUACAACGUGCACUGGCGGAACUGAUCAGCCGAAACUUAAUGUAAAAGUGUUUGAUGGAGCUUCUCCGGCAACUCCCGUUGCAAAACGACAAAAAAGAAUUGAAACCGAUGGCUACUCACGACGGAAGUUGGAAGAAGUAUUUAACAAUUCUAACCUUACAGAAACAAGAUCGGGUACACCAGAGUUCACGUACAAAUCUCCUGUUGCUAUUGACAUUGCCUUGAAAGAAGAGGAACUAGAACUAAAACGUUGUGAACUUCGUAGUCUAGAGACAGCAUACGAUGAGAAAUGCGAAAUGUACAAUUUAAACAUCAUAAAAGAUAAAAGUAAGAAAAGAUGUACAAAAUGUCACCUCAGAACCAAUCAUACGCAAAGAAGCUGUGAUUUGGGCCAGUGUGAGGAUGUUCGCCAGUGCGGCGAGCUGGAUUUUCAUCAUGAGGAAAAAACUACCAUUAACGAACUUAUUAGAAGAAAACAAAAUGUUGAAAAGGAUAUAAAAACAAUUGAAUUAGAGCUGAAAGUGAAAAAGGAGGCGCACAUUUCUACAGCCAAAACGUUUGAGAGACAGAUUAGGGACUUUGUCAUUAAUAGCAAUCCGGAGAAAUAUUUGGUAAAUGGUACCGGACCAGGAGUGAUAAACAUUAAACUGCAGGCUGAUAUUGCAAUUUUAAAGAAACACUACAGUAGCAAAGUACCACGUGACUUAGAACGGGAGUCGCAUUAUUUCCAGACUGUCAUUGCACAGAAAGAUAACAGCUAUCGUAAAAAUUGUAAACUAAAAAACCCUGUUGAGAAACGUUUAGAAACAAACCCAGUUUUUCCGGUGAGGUUUCCGAAACCAACGGCAACAGUUGGUUCACAAGACAAAAUGGACGAAUCUACACCUUUUGCGUCACCAUUUGAUGUAACCCGACAUGGACAAGUUCCAACACCAUUGUAUUUUCCGUUUCAGUUUAUGGCACCAAACGGGCCUCCUCUACAUAUACCAGGGAUAACGACACCGUUUCCCGUGACCACAAAUGACUGCCAAAGGCAAUCCGGACAACCAUUGCCCGGUGCACCACCUUUGCCACCCUCAUAUGAAGAUGUCGUGCCAACAUCAAGUAAUUCUGGAUGAUCAUAUGACACGAACACACGUCCAGACUGUCGUGUGCAUGUUACAGUUCUGUUUGCUUUCUUUCUAUCUGGAUAUCCCAGGAAGGGAUUUGAACUCGUUGAUAAAUUAAUUAUAAUGAGUAUGAUUUAGUUUUAUUACACAAAUUUGUUUCAAAUAGUUUAGAAACAGCACCUUGAUUAGUAUUUUGCUAUUAAUAAGAAAUGUAAGACCACAUAUCUGAUAUUUUUACGACUUAGUGUUGAAAAUAGAUUAACCAAUAUUGUAUCUCAUUACCGUGUUUUAGUUUUUGUUUUGUUUUUUUUUUAACAAGGCGAAUCAGGUCUUAUUCCAGAUUAUUUCAUAGUAUGAAACUAUUUUGGCGACAUUGACUAUAUUGUAAACACACCAUUUGUCAACAUGCAUACUGUUGCAAGAUUUUAAUACACUGUGGUAACAUACAUGACAUAAUGACCCCAUCACUCCUGAUCAGAUGAGACAUUGUGUUUUACAUUUCGGAAAAAAAUUUCUUUCUUUUUUUCGUCAAGACCAGUAUAUCUAGCUCAAAAAUUACCGUAGCUCGUGGCAAUGACCUAUAAUAACUGCUAGAACAUACAUAAUUAUAUAUAUUAUGUGAAAAAAAAAAAACAUAAUCAUGUCGCGACCAGAGAUUUUUUGUCAUUAAAUCGUUUUAAAGUCAUCAUGACGGCACGAGAUAUACUUUUAUCUCAAGAUCAUGCAAUACUUUUUAGUCCAUGCCUCUUAUUGUGACUGUUAAUUACAUUUGAUUUAUUACUUUAAUACAUAAAAUCAGUAAAGAAUAAAGAUUUAAUAAAGUAAGCAAAAAUUUAA